CAGCGUGCUGCAUGACUGUCUUAGGCUGCAUCUGCACAGACUGGGGUCUUGCUCACCAUUUCACUCCCAACACCUUUCUUCCAGCACUGGCAGCAGCCUGAUGCCUCAGAAGAAGAACCCUGAUAGCCUGGAACUGAUCCGCAGCAAAGCUGGUCGUGUGUUUGGACGGUUAGCUGCUGUUCUCAUGGUUCUGAAAGGACUUCCAAGCACCUACAACAAGGAUCUGCAGGAGGACAAGGAAGCUGUCUUUGAUGUUGUGGACACCCUGACUGCUGUGCUCCAGGUUGCCACCGGAGUGAUUUCUACCCUCCAGAUCAACAAGGAGAACAUGGAGAAGGCUCUGACCCCUGAGUUGCUGGCUACUGAUCUGGCUCUCUACUUGGUUCGUAAAGGAAUGCCAAUCAGACAAGCCCAAACUGCUUCUGGGAAGGCCGUCCACCUUGCUGAGACUAAAGGCAUCACCAUCAAUAAUCUCACCCUGGAGGACCUGAAGAGCAUCAGCCCCCUGUUUGCCAGCGAUGUCUCCCAGGUCUUCAACAUUGUCAGCAGCGUGGAGCAGUACACUGCUGCAGGUGGUACCGCCAAGAGCAGCGUGACUGCCCAGAUCGAGCAGCUGAGGGAGCUGCUGAAGAAGCAGAAGGAGCAAGCUUAGAGUGUGGGG